AUGGGCGUCAUCAAAUCCCCCGAGCGCGACAAUGUCGACGGCGGCGAAUCUGGAAAGGAAAAUCUAGAUGUCAAUGUCGGCCCUCAAGACUCCGACCUGGACGAUGGCGUCAACCCCAAUGCGCAGGCCGGUGUGCAAAACAUCGAGGCCAUCACUUCCGUCUGGACGAAAAAUGCGCUCUACACUGCAUUUGCCAUGAUCUGGGUCAUCUAUUUCGUCGACAGCAUGCAACAAGGCACGACGGGCACACUUACGCCUUGGGUCACGUCCGCCUUUCAGCAGCACUCCCUGACGCCGACUGUCAGCGUAAUGAGUAGUAUCAUAGGAGGUGUCUUUAAGUUGACACUGGCCAAGGUGCUUGAUAUUUUUGGUCGUCCCCAGGGUUACGCAAUCUCUAUUUUGUUUACCACGCUUGGCUUGAUCAUGAUGGCUGGUUGCAAUAACGUCGAGACCUACGCCGCUGCACAAGUAUUCUAUUGGGUUGGGUACAACGGCUUGGACUACUCGCUGUCAAUCUUCCUCGCAGAUACAACAUCUCUGAAGAAUCGAGGCCUCAUAUUCGCUUACAGCAGCUCGCCUUAUAUCGUCACCACAUGGCUCGCCGGCCCCAUCUCCAACGCCUUCUUGAAUGGUCCUGGUUUCCGAUGGGGUUUUGGUACCUUUGCCAUCGUCACCCCGGUCAUCACCUUGCCGCUCUUCUUCCUCUUCAUGUACUACAACAAGAAGGCCAAGCAGCUCGGCGUCAUCCGUCCGCGAGAAAGCAAGGGAACCUUCACGCAAUCUCUUCUCCACUACUGCCGAGAGUUUGAUAUCGUCAGACUUCUCCUUCUGUCAGGGGGGCUGGCUAUGUUCCUCCUCCCCUUCAACAUCUAUUCCUACCAAACGGAAGGAUGGAAAUCGUCUCUCAUCAUCGGCCUUUUGGUUGGAGGAUUCGUCACUCUCAUCGUGUUUGCCAUUUGGGAGCGAUUCUUUGCGCCCAUUACGUUUAUUCCCUACUCUCUUCUCACGGACCGCACCGUCAUUGGCGCCAAUAUCCUCGCUUCCUCUGUUUUCGUCAGCUUCUACAUCUGGGACAGCUACUUCCUUUCUUUCCUUCAGGUGGUCAACGGAUUGGAUGUGACUGAAUCCAGCUAUGUUGGCAACAUCUAUAGUAUAGGCUCCUGUUUAUGGGCCAUAUUGGUUGGCUUCAUCAUUCGAACCACCGGAAAGUUCAAGCCCAUCUGCCUCUACUUUGGAGUCCCCGUCACCAUUCUGGGUGUUGGCUUGAUGAUUCACUUCCGUCAGCCCGAUGUUAACAUUGGAUACAUUAUCAUGUGCCAAAUCUUUAUUGCCUUUGCUGGUGGUACCAUUGUCAUCUGUGAGCAAACAGCUGCCAUGGCAGCCACCUCUCACCAGUAUGUUGCGGUUGUGCUGGCUGUAGAGGCAAUGGCUUCGUCUAUCGGUGGUGCAGUUGGAUCUACUGUCUCCGCUGCAGUCUGGCAGGCCGUUUUCCCUAAAAAAUUGGGAAAAUAUCUUCCUGAUUCCGCACAGGGAAACCUCACACAAAUCUACGGAAGCUUGGAAGUUCAGCUGUCUUACCCUAUGGGAUCUCCUGAGCGCAUUGCUAUUCAACAGGCCUAUGGCGAUAGCCAGAAGAUGAUGCUGAUUGCCGGUACUGCCGUGCUGUCAUUGUCUCUGGUCGGUGUAGCAAUGUGGAGAGAUAUCGAUGUGAGACAGCGCAAGCAGGUCAAAGGAACCGUCUUUUAA